AGUAAUACAUAAACUGUAGCUAAGGUUUAGAUUAAGUACACGAGUUGUUGUUGUUUUUUUUCAGUAAGGAUCCAGAUGAAAUACACAGUUCGUUUUUCAAGCUAAAGUCGAGAUUAAAUGCAUGUGUUGUUUUAUUUUUCAGUUAAGGUCCAGAUUAAGUUCAGGAGUUUUUUCUUAAUAGCGUGACUUUUUACAGAUUUUCCACCUUUGACAAAAUUUAGAAGUUGUCUCUGAAGUAAUGUUAAUCACUAUGGCUUGGAUAUCUGCACGUACUUAAGAAGUGGAAUGACCUUUACUUUCGGCCUCUCUACGCUUGUAAUUAAAUACCAUUGAAAGUUGUGGAUCGAUGUCAGAACUUGUGUGGAGUGUGUUCAUCACUUAAAGUUUAUUAUUUCAGUUGAGCAAUGGCCACACAAACACUUGUGUUACUGAUGCAUAGAUGGAGCGUCGGGCACAGUGAAGCCAGACACAUUUAAGCUAUCCAAAUCAAAACUACUACAAAAAAAAAGGACAUUAACUGAUCAUUACGACAUAAUGGGAAGAUUCGAGUCCUCAUCCGACCUUCUGUGGUUAACACAAGCUCUGCUUGUCCUACUUAGUUCUGACACUCCAUCGUGUGACUGUCGUACGUUUCCAUGGAAGACUUCAGCCAUAGGAUUCGAUGAUCAUGUGUCCAAGAACGUAAACCUCAGUCCUGCCAGCUCGUCAUAUGUGUAUGAAAGUCCACAAUUUCAAGCCACUGGCAAGGAAAGGGUAGCAGUUUCUGAGCCCAUUUCUAUUAAAACUUCUCAUCGUCGCCCUCAGGAGAGUUUUUCAAAAACCUUCCAAGUCUCGAGGACGAACUACUUGCCAUUUAAAUUAGAAGACGCUGUUUCCUCGGGUUACUUCACUCAGGCUUGGCCAACGAAAAAUAAAGGUCCAAGUAGGAUUAAGAUUCCUGUCACUAAACCUGGGGAAUUUUCCAGUCACAGUACUCAAAAACCAGAGAAUUCUCAGUCUCUGUAUCAGCCAUACACCCCUCGACCAACUUCGUCAUAUUUCUUAUCUCACAUAAAACAUCCUGGUGUGCGAGUUACACCGUAUCCAAGUGAACUUAGAGAUCAUUUACCACACCUUACACCGACAAGUUUUACUACUUCCCCACCAGAUUUCAGUUGGAAUGAUAACUAUUAUUACUCUAACUGGCCGUUGGACUCUCACACCAUUAAUAAAGCUAACAAAGGCAACACGAAGGAUGCUGUCGAUAGUUUAUUGAAAGGAAGUAACUCUGAGUCUGACAGUAACAUAAGGUUUUAUCAUAGAGAUAGGGACAAAGAUCCCUCUGUUACUUCCUCUCCCAGUUUUGGUGACAAACAAAGCAAUCUAAAACAGCAAAACAAUCGUGAAUCUUCUUUGGAUCACAUUAACUCGAAAAAGUUUUAUACUUUGUCACCAAUAACCCCAGGAACUUACAUUUCAUUAAAGGAUCCUCCAUUUCCUAAUGACAAGGUACCCUCAAAAACGUCAACAGAGUAUAAGGAUAUAUCAUUUUUAAGUGAUGAACAGCAAGAAUCGAAAACAUACAACAGCUUUCCUGCAGUACAUUCUAAUAGCACUAAUAGAAACAGGCAUAUUUCGACACAGAAUGUUGGAUUUUCUCCAGAAUACACACAUAAAAAAUAUGCAAAUAACCAAGCUCAAGAAACAACUGAUAAAAAAGAUAGCUAUAUCAUAAGAAAAUAUACUACAGCUACUCCAGAAUACAUAUCUGAUAGCGAAAAUAAUCAACAUACUUUGUCAAAAUAUACCACAGAUCCUCCAAGACAGACAUCAAAUAUUGAUGCCAACCACUUGAAAAUACAAACCAAAAUUUCCCAGGGAUACACACACAAUAACGACAAUAAUGGUCAAAUUUUGAUAAAAUCCACCAAAUUUCCUACAUAUUACAUAGCAGAUGUAGAAAAAGAAGAAAAACAGACAUCAAAAACAUAUUCCAAAGUUCCUCUAAGCCAUGGUAUUCAUCAAACAACAUCUAAAUAUGCCAGAGUUCCUCUAGACCACACAUCAAUUAGAGGAAGUAUUCAUCAUACAACAUCUAAAUAUACCAGAGUUCCUCCAGACCACACAUCAACUAGGGAAAGUAUUCAUCAUACAACAUCUAAAUAUACCAGAGUACCAUCAGAACACACAUCAACAACUGGUAACAUUCAUCAAGUGAAAUCAGAAUAUACUAGAGCGCCUUCACACCAUAUAAACACCAGUCAUAAUAUUCAUCAACCAACAUUGCAUUAUACCAGAGCGCCUCCAAACCAGACAACAACCAGUGAUAAUAUUCAUCAACCAGCAUCGCAAUAUACAGUAGCUCCUCCAAUAAUGAAUAAUGAGACAGAAAACAAAACUAUGACACGAUUUGUUGAAGUCCAUCUGAAACACACAUCAAUUAAUAGAGAAGCAAGCCAACUGUCGUUAGACAAUGUGAACAUUCCUUCAAAACAUACCACAGGUGCUGAUGACAGUCAUAAGGUGACAACAGAAUAUGCAAAACUUUAUUCACAAAUUAAAGAUGGUGAAAAUGAUCAGAUUUCGACAGGAUAUUCAACAGAUCCUACACAAUACAUAACAAUCACUGAUGAAUAUAAUAAAUUGUACACGAACAAUUUCAAAGUUUCUCUUGAACACAUCAUCACUAAUGAUGGAAAUGACCACGUUUUGAAACAACACGCUAUGAAACAGUCCACUAGAACUGAAGGAAAUGACCAAUCAGAAGGCGAUAAAACAACAAGGGUUACUGCAGGACACACAGAAGGGACUGUUAAAGGUUAUCAAACUUUGACAAACUAUACCAAAUUUCCUCUGAAUCAAUCAAAUAAUCAUGAUGGAAAGGAACAUCUGCCAAGUGAAUACACUAAAGUCCCUAUGGAAUACAUAACAGUUAUUAAUAGAAAUUUGUCCACGUCAAUGAAAAAUACUAGUGUUCCUAUGCAGUACAAAACAAAUACUGUGGAAUCCAAUCGGAUGGUCACAAAACAUUGGUCAACUGAACAACAAGUAGAAGUUACAGCACCCACUAAUGAUGUAACAUCUGAUGGAUAUAGUUUUCAUAUGACCUCAUUGCCUUCAGGCUUCACGGAUCCAGUUAGGGAGGCAAGUCAUACACAAAGUCCAGGACAUACACACACAACUGGUGCUGUACUUAUUACUACACCAAAUUUAAAAGAUGUCGAGCAAAUCCCCUAUACGUUUAGUAAAGGAUAUUUUGACUCCAGUAAUGGCGUAUAUGAUACAGAAACACCUCUACCCGUCGGUUUAGACUAUACUCAAGAGACCAAUGUAGACAGUAACAAUGGUACUAGUGGAACUCAAAAUUCUGAAGAUAAAAACAUUUCCAACACCACAAAUGGUAGUAUACCUACAACUAACGACAAUGAGAUAACCAAUGUGCUAACCCAGGUGAAAUAUUCUGCAAUCGUAACUACAGAAAAACCAAUUAUUCGAGAACACACUCUGUAUGGUCCUUCAUCAGAGGCAGUGUCCAAUGACUUACGAACUACUAAAAGUCCUGCUACCACCAACUUCGAAUUUGUGCCUACGCAUGAUCCCACCAGCACCGACCUUGCUGUGAUUAACUCUAGGAUUUCUUCAGACAAACAGAAACCAAAAGGUGUUUUGUCCUCAGUUAAUUUCACAAACACCCAACCCAAAGGAAUCAGAAAACAUAGUAUAAAUACAUUUAAUAAUAUUAGGACUACACCUGAAUUUCCAACAACAGUUUUUCCAUCACUGGUUCUACCAGGAACAUCAAAAACUCAUUCAAACACAAUAACUAAUAUUCUAUUAAGAGUACACACGAGUUCUUUCAAUUCUACUCUAGAACCAAUCAACCCCAAAGUAAUAACUGAAACAGCCAAUCCUGAAGCAGUAACUGAAUCAACCAAUAAUGAUGCAGUAACUAUACCGACCACCAGUGAACCUUGUGUUACGCAUUCUAAUCACAGGAAGUCGAAUUUAAAUGACGGAGUUGUUGUUGGAAUUGUAUUGGGAGUUUUGGCGUUAGCGCUUGUUGCUGUGGCAGUUAUCACCAUCACAUACAGAAAGGUAUAUUGCUAUGAUACGGCACGACCAGUAGCGAAGUCAACACGUGAUGAGUCCGAAUAUUCCAUAUGUAGCAGCCGUACUUCAAGUUCAAGUCACAUUGAGCUUCCAGCAGCUACCUCAGAAGAGAUGGCCUCUGUCAACAGCGAAUUCAUUCUUGGAAAUUUUGAUUCUUCUACCUUCAAGAAGUACUCAUCGAAUUACAGCAAAAACACCAAAGUGUGACGUAGUCAAUGACAGUGGAAGAGAUGCAUCAGAUACUACAUUAACUGUCCUAAUAAGGACAAUUUAUACUGAAAGAUGACUACAGGCUUUAUUAUUGCUAGUGAAGGCCUUUGACGAAUAAUUGGGGUUAUGUGAAAAUAAAAGAAGUGAAGCCUAACGCUACUGUAAUAUUCACAGACGGUUGUCCUCAUAAGAACUAUUUAGACUUGCUUAUAGAAUAAUUAGAAAAGUUUGUGACAAUGGGCGUUGACGAUGUGCUAAACAGCAGCGUGAUUAGUAUUGUACUUUUUUUUUAUUGACCAAGAUAAUUAUAAUCCUACGAAGUUUAUAUUGAAAUGUUUUGACAAAUAUUUAUAUCCUAAAAGAGAUUGCAGUCCAGAUGCUUUAUUUCUACGGGCGUUUGUUUCAUAUUUUUAAUAGAAUGCAAAGCAAAUAAUUAUUUUGUCCAAAAUGCAGUCCUUCUGAAAUCAGAUUAAUUACGAUAUGCUAUGUUUAACAGUCCUCCCAUUUUUUCAAAUUCACGUUAUAUAAUGUAAGGAAACAAGUGAACCUCGUUGAACAAUGUAUAAAACUGAAAACACUUUUCUCGCUUACCUUAUGGUCAUGAGAAAUAUGCUUAAUACUAUUAGCUAUCAAGUACCUUACUAUAAUCAGCUGAGUACAGCAGCUUUGAGUUAUCUCAGCUACCAUGGCAACAGCUGGACCGAUGAUAUACAUUUAUAUCCAAAUAGGUUUUAUAUACGUCUUAAAUUUUAUAAAAAAAAACUUGGUGUAUGUUCUCUUUCAAUACACACAUGAUUAUGCCUUUGAAAGAGUUUAAAGGUGGGAUCUUAAAGAAAUUUAACUCCAAGAAUUCAUCUUUUUCUUGGUAGGAUCGAGUGGGAUCGAUAUGAAGUAUAAUGCUUCAAAUUAUUUAGGGAAUUCGAAUGGGAAGCUAUGAGUAUCAUGCUCCAAAUUUUCGGGGCCGGGUCGAAUUAGAUUCUGUGACAUGUCAUCAACGGAUUUUUGGGAGGGUCGUGUGGGAUUCUAUGACAUGUCAUCAACGGAUUGUUGGGAGGGUCGUGUGGAAUUCUAUGACAUGUCAUCAACGGAUUGUUGAGAGGGUCGAGAGGCACAAUAUGCGUGUUAUCUUUCAAAUUGUUGGAGAGAGGUCAAGUGGGAUUCUAUGACUUUUGAUCAUCAAAUUGUUUGGAGGGACAGGGAAUGUUAUGAUAUCAUCAAUACAUUGUUGGAAGGGUCGAGUAGGGCGCUAUGACGUAUCAUCAUCAGAUUGUUGAGAGGAUCGAGUGUGAUUCUAUGACAUGCUUGCUUGAAAUUUCUAGAUAUGCUUUUAGAACAUCAGUAAACAAAUGUAAAUAUUAAGUUGUCGCUUGUGUAAAAUAGAGAAUCGACAGAAUAAAUAUGCAUGAACUGUCUGAGUAGACAGUAUGAAAUAUUUUUGGCAAUUUCUUUUAUUGUAAUGCGUCAUUCUUACUUAAUUAAAUCAACUAUUUUGUAUAAAUGUUUAUUGCGAAAUGAUUAUCCUAUUUUUACGAAAAUUAAGACAUAGCAACUGAUAUGUCUUUUUGGGUAAAAUUCAUGUGAAUUCAAUAAUGAUUGCAGUACAUUAAAUACGUUGAAUUAUUAACUAAUAUUUAAUGAUACUAGAUUAUCAAUAUUUUGAAUUCACAAAUCCAAACUAGUAACAGACUAAUUAAGGCCGGGACAUUUAUUUGUUGUUGUUUUCUGUUCUGUGAAAUUGUCAUAAACAAAAGCCUUAUAAAAGUCGAUGUCUCCAAAUAUUUUAUAUAUUUUUCAUUAUUAAAAUAAUCAUAAGAAGACAUAUACAAUUUCAAAAGCUGUAGUUUUAUUGGUUAAACCUUCCCUCAUAAAGAAAACAAUCCAAUUUGGCAGAACGUUGAGACAGGCUUGUAAAUAGCGUGAUACAAAUCAUCCCCCACCCACCCCAAAACAAUGCUAACACUUACGCAGUCAAACUUUUUUGGAGUUACUUAUUGAAACUUAUGUCUCUCGUGGUUCAAGCGGUAAGCUUGAGGGCUUAUAACGCAACGAUUGACGUGUGAUCCCUGCGAUUGGUACAGCACAGUUAGCCUAUUAUUCAUCUUUGAUAAAAUAAACAAAUAAUUUAUCUCAACUCAUAUAAGUUGUCUUUAACGUCUGGAAAACAUAUAACAAUGCAAGUUACAAUCUUAGAAAUGUGAAUAGCAAUGAAAAUGGGAAAAUAGCCAUAUGUCAAUAUAUGUACGACAGAAGCUUUAUUGGAAGUUAUUUACCAAGAGUCCCAAUGCACAGCGAGAAGUCUAUGGACUUAAAACGCUAGAAAGUGGGUUUCGGUACUCGUGGUGGGCAUAGCACAUCUAGCCCAUUGUGUAGCUUUGUGUCUAACUACAAACUUUACCAAGAUAAUGUUUAGUAAUCAAGGACCAUUACUGUAACAAACUAUACAGCCGCCAUUUUGUUCAGUUUUGUAGAGGAAAAGGAGAUCAUCAUGCUAUGAAGUUAGCCAUCGAACUAAAAUCAUUGCAGUGCAUUAUGUUGUUAGGCCUACAUUUGAACCUUCUAAGCAUACGACAUCAAAUUAUACGUAACUUA